UUUAUGUACAUGGUCUUUGUGUAACUUGACUCUGGACUUUGUACUGUGUAUUGAAAUACGGUUGUGAGAUUAAACAUUUUGAAACAUUCAGCUAUUGCAAGAUUUAGGUUUAAAAGUUGGUUUAACAUACUUACUGAAAACUGAGUGUCUCUUCAUAAAUAUCCAUUUAAUUCACAAGGACAGGGUCAUAAUAAUAGUGAAUAAAUAGCUUGUAAAUAACAGAAAAAUUCAGAUUCUCUAUUUCAAAAUGGCAACUUCUAUAGGUUCAGUUCAUAACAGUUCAGAUUUAGUGAAGGACUAUGUUUGUGGUGCUUGUGAAAGUAAAAAUUUUCAAGAAAUCGCUGAUCAUUUUUGUGCAACGUGUAUGAAGUUUUUUUGCGGAAAAUGCAUUCAUCAACAUGAUCAGUUAUAUGCAAAUCAUUCCAAAUAUGGAAGAGAAGAAACAAAUAAAUGGCCUCUCACAAAGCAAAUAGAGGAUUUGCUUCUUAAAUGUGAUGUCCACAAGAACAAGAAACUGAAAAUGUUUUGCCAGGACCACAGUCAGCUGUGUUGCACUGAUUGUGCUUUUCUGAACCACAGACAGUGCACUGACGUGGCUCUAAUUUCUGAUACAGUCAAAAACAUGUCAGUGGACAUGCAACAGUUGUCAAACAAUCUUCAAACUAUUCUUGAUGAACUUAGUAAGUUUAAAAGUGCACGAGAGUCCAGCAUUCAGUCUGUGGAGGUAUCGUGGAGUGAAAAACUGCAAGAAAUCCGAUACCUGCGAAAGAAAUUAAAUGCUGCUCUGGAUGAAUUAGAAAAAACAACCUUGAAAGAACUGGAUGAAAUUCGGACCACAUUGCAAACCUCUCUCAAGAAAGAUGUUGACGACUGCACCAGAUUGAAUUAUGAACUGAAACAACUCAGUGAAGCUAUUGAUGCCCUGUGUGAUAAGAGCAAAAAAGAAAUUGAGUUCAUAGCUAGCAGAAAAUGUCUGGACAAAAUACAGGAGUCUGAGGCAUAUCUGAAGGAAAACCCUUUAAAGUUGCAGAGGUCACUGAUAUUCCAGGCAAACAUCGACAUCGAGCAGUACCUGUCUCAACAGGCAAGUCUAGGGAGGUUGGAAUACAGUAUGCAGUCUCUGAAGAUGAACCCAAACCAGGUGAUGACUGUGAUGAGGAAAUUGGAGUAUAGUGUUAGAAUAUCAAGUGACAGGAAGCAGACUUGCAGAAUUAAUGGCAUUUGCUGCCUCCCUAGUGGCCAGGUCAUUGUCACAGAUUACUAUAAUAAUAAACUGAAGCUGUUGGACCAGCAUUACACUGUGUCCAGUCACUGUGAUGUGUCUGGUGACUUGGAGGAUAUUUGCCAAAUCACAUCCAGUGAGGUUGCUGUAACUGUUAAUAAAAAUGUGCAGUUAAUAUCUGUGAUCAAUGGGCAGUUGGUGAGUGGGAGAAAGUUGCAGUUACCGCAUGCAGCCCGUGGUAUUGCCCACCACCAAGGAGCAGUGUAUGUCACCUCUGGCACUGCCCUUUACCAAUACACUCUGACGGGAUCGCUUGUGAAAAAGAUUUAUGAGGAUUCAUGUGGCUCAACUACAGGAGUGUUUAGAUGUGCAGUGAGUCCUGCUGGGGACAGGAUCUAUAUCACCAACUACGCGCAGGACAAGCUCAUCACUCUGGCUACAGAUGGCACCCUGAUAUCCACUUUCAUGGACCCUGAACUCCAAUUACCACGGGGUGUACACGUUACUCCUUCAGGACAAAUCCUUGUCUGUGGAUUCAGCUCCCAUACUGUCAUACAGGUGCAUUGUGAGGGAAGAAAGAAACUGGCAACCCUGGUGUCAUCGAAAGAUGGAGUACGCGAGCCAGAGUCUGUCUGCUACAACACCAAGACUGACCAGAUCAUUGUUGGACUAUUUAGUAGUAUAAUCAAGGUUAUGGAAUUGCAAUAGCUCUUCCAGUGAAAAAAACAUCCAUAAAAACAUAUAUAUAUAACAUGUUUGGCAUUCCAUAAACUUGUUAUAUAACAGCAUUUUUAUUGUUGCAUCCAUGUGUUGUUUUAUGAUAUAAUACUUUAUUUAAUUUAGUACUUUCUGAUGUGUAUGAUUAAGUUUGUACUUGAAACUCAAUCGCCGAAUUUUACUUUUCCCAUGAAAGUAACAAAUUAUAGCUACAAAUAACAGUUCUCGUGUAUUUCAUGUAAAUACCUCGGCCUGAUUAUAAGCACGCAAAAAUUAUACAUAAUGUACAACAUCACAUCAUCCUCAUAGAAAAAAAGGGCUAUAAUAUUUGUUUGAAUAAUAAGAACUUAGAAGCAGAUCUUUUCUUUUGAUUUGAAAAUUUGAAGUUCAUUUUUACAAAUAUGGCAAACUUUUCCUUUCAAUUUAACACAAACUGUUAUGCUGUAUCUACAGGGCAAGGGUUCUUGAGAUAGGUCAGUAUUGAUGUGACAUGUACAAUUUUUGUAUACACCUUCAUGUGUACAGCAUGUAUUUACAUGCCUGAGUGUUGUUAAUCUUUGAUGUUUGGCAAAUCAAGCUACUGUUUGCUGUAAUACACAAUUGUGAAUGUGAUAUAAAGAAAAAGCGCACACAUUUAGACCAAACUGGAUUUAGUUAUGAAAGUCAAAUUACCAUAACAAAUCACCAAAUAGUUGAUCUGGCAAACACAGCAUUGCAUUUUUCACUUUAAUAUUUUGUAAAUUUCUUUCUGUGAUUUUUCAAACAAACCUAAAACUCACCAUGGGGCAUAUCCUUGCCAUAUCCCAAAUGGUAUUUACUCAUUGAUAUCCCAAUUUAUAUAUUUUUUUGCCUCAAUGAACUUGUACCAUUUUCAAACAAAUUUUCUGAGCAAGUGUCAUGAUUAUUUGACCAAAUAUGUGAUUUCUAGCAUGUUUAUAUGUGAUUUCUAGCAUGUUUAUAUGUGAUUUCUAGCAUGUUUAUAUGUGAUUUCUAGCAUGUUUAUAUGUGAUUUCUAGCAUGUUUAUAUGUGAUUUCUAGCAUGUUUAUAUGUGAUUUCUAGCAUGUUUAUAUGUGACUUCUAGCAUGUUUAUAUGUGAUUUCUAGCAUGUUUAUAUGUGAUUUCUACCAUGUUUAUACUGUAAAACCAUUAAAUUUCGUGUGGUACGAAUUUUCCUGGAUUUCGUUGGUCCACUGAACCACGAAUUCAAGUACCAACGAUUAUUUAUACAUUCUUUUAGCCGAAAUCGGUCAUUUCCGACAUUUUCUUUUGUUUUCGGUUAUCCAAGAUAUUUGUUUUUUGUAAUAAUUACUUCACUUCAGUAGGUCACAUUACACAAUUCGUUGAUUAAUUAAAAUAUUUCCGAAUUGAAAAUGUUUUCUUCCACUGAAUCGUUUGCGACCUGUGUCAAUAAUGCUUCAGUCAUAGACCGAGCCUUUGCAAGGUCAGGCAAUCCUGCUAUAGUAGGAGAACAUGUCUGAACUGUUUCCGUUUUCAACCAUUUUGAAAGAGACAUUGUUUGAUUGAGAUAUGCUAGUUAAUAUAAUAUGUUGUUUUCUUGAUAAGUGUCUGGGUAAUAAUACUUUUUUACGUGACGUCGUCAAAUUAACAGUUUGCAGAUUUAUCACAUAGGUUAAUUAGUGCCAAUUAAAGUUAAAAGUGAUAUAACGGUUUUCACACGUGUAUUUUGGGGACCUUAUAACUUAAUUGUUACUACUAAGAGACCGAUUGCGCUAGGAAUUGCACAUAUUGUCAAAACAACAUUGAUGGCAAUUAGCGAGCAGGGACUCACAUGUGCGCCGCUUUAUCGAUCUUUUCGACAAUUAUUGGCAUUCGGAAACACUUUCAUGCUUCAGUGCACAUUAACCCCAAGUCUUGCUGUCAACACCUAUUAGCAGAUUAUGCUUCGUUAUUACUCUGGUUGUUUUAAUAAAAGUUUAAUUAUUAUGACGGUCAGUAUUCCCAAAAAAUUUGAAAUCCACGAAAUUACGUGUCAACGAAUUUGUUGCUUUUUAUUAAACCACGAAAUUUCAUACCUACGAAUUUCUAUACGUUUACAGUAUGUGAUUUCUAGCAUGUUUAUAUGUGAUUUCUAGCAUGUUUAUACGUGAUUUCUAGCAUGUUUAUAUGUGAUUUCUAGCAUGUUUAUACGUGAUUUCUAGCAUGUUUAUACGUGAUUUCUAGCAUGUUUAUAUGUGAUUUCUAGCAUGUUUAUAUGUGAUUUCUAGCAUGUUUAUAUGUGAUUUCUAGCAUGUUUAUAUGUGAUUUCUAGCAUGUUUAUAUGUGAUUUCUAGCAUGUUUACAAGGCUUCACUUUAGUCAUAUAAGGCAAACUGCCCCGUGUUUAAAAUGUGACAUCUACAGUGUCAACACGCUUUUUCUCUAAUUUGGCCUGGUAACCUAGUUUUUUACCUCACAUGGUCCAGUUUUAAACCCUUCCCAAAUAUUGGGACAGAAUCCUCUGACCAAAUGUCAUGAAGACUGGGCGAUAUAUGAGGCAUCUAGAGUGUUAACAAUCAAUUAAAUAUUUGCAUUAUGUCAAAAGAGGAAAUAAUGCUGUCUGAGGUCUAAUCACACUCUAUCCAUGACAACAUAUUCAUCAGUGACACCUACUAUUAGAUUUCUACUAUAUCAUUUAUAAUAAUAGAAACUCCAAUCUCAAACUUGAAUUUGUAACAAUUUUAUUGAAGAAUACCCCAUAAUGAUGCAUGUCCCAAUAGGUAGAAUGCUCCAAAGUCUAUGUUAAAACAGUGCCUUACUUUGUAAUUUUUAACAAAGGACUAGUUCCAAUGUCGUAUGUUGAAAAGUGUAAAAAAAAAACUGUGUUCAAAUUUUGUAUGAAUGUUGGAUAUUGAAAAGUGUAAAAACAAGAUGCGUUUGUGAAACACAAUGUCCCCCUAUAUGAUGUUUGACCUUGAAGGAUGACCUUGACCCUUCACCACUCAAAAUAAGCAGCUCCAUGAGAUACACAUGCAUUUCAAAUAUAAAAUUGCUAGCUUCAAUAUUGCAGAAGUGACAUUACAUGAGCAAUUUUGACCCAUAUAUUUGACCUUGAAGGAUGAUCUCGACCUUGACCUUUCACCACUCAAAAUGUGCAGCUCCAAGAGAUACACAUGCUUGCCAAAUAUCAAGUUGCUAUCUUAAAUAUUGCAAAAGUAUUCAUAAAAUAAGCGAUUUGGGCCACAUAUAUUUGACCUCUGACCUUGAAGGAUGACCGUGACCUUUCACCACUCAAAAUGUGCAGCUCCAUGAAAUACACAUGCAUGCCAAAUAUCUAGUUGCUAUCUUCAAUAUUGCAAAAGUAUUCAUAAAAUGAGCGAUUUUGGCCACAUAUAUUUGACCUCUGACCUUGAAGGAUGACCUUGACCUUUCACCACUCAAAAUGUGCAGCUCCAUGAGAUACAUAUGCAUGCCAAAUAUCAAGUUGCUAUAUUCAAUAUAGCAAGUUAUUGCAAAAUGUUAAAGUUGGCUCAAACCAACCAACCAACAGACCAACCAACAGACCAACCAACAGACAGGGCAAAAACAAUAUGUCCCCCACUACUAUAGUUGGGGACAUAAAAAAAUCUGUGGUCAAAUUUUCUAUCAACAGACCAAAAGACUGACAUCCAUUCUGAUUGAAGUAUACCACUCUCUGAUGACCAAUGUACAAGUCCAUGUUUUCUAAAUGUCCCUCAAUGGGGACAAUCUUGCAGAUGAGUGACCUGUGCAGCAAACUUCCUUGCAAAUAAGUUAAACUAAAUGUUAAAUUUGUGUUAAAUUAAAAUAAAAGAUUUCUUAGAAUAUUAAA